UUUUUAUAUUGUCAUGAUUGUUGAUGAUGUGAGCGAAAGAUGGGGAACAGUUGCUAAUUCUUCUUUGCACACAGAACAGCAGUAAUGAAAAUAUGGAGAGCAACAAAAUAUCAAAACUCUUCACUCCCGGGGACUACGCGGUCUGUAUCACCAUGCUCGUCUUGUCGCUCGUCAUCGGACUCGUUGCUGCCUACGUCGAACGCCGUCAUCGUGGCCGACAUCGGAUAACCUCCGAACGUUUCCUUCUUGGCAGUCGACGUCUAAACGUCAUACCCGUAUCGAUGUCAAUGACGAUCCCGUUCGCAGCAGCGAUUAAUAUCCUUGGGACCCCGGUUGAUGUGUAUAUGUAUAAUACCAUGUUUUGGUGGAUAUGUUUGGCUUAUAUAAUCGGUGGUGCCAUUGUUUGUCGGAUGUUUGUGCCCUUGUAUUUCAACAUUGGCGUUGUUAGCGCUUUUGAGUAUUUAGAGCUUCGAUUCAACAAGACUGUGAGAGUAUUCUGCAGUCUACUAUUUAUUGUACAGAUGAUGGUAUAUCUCGGUAUUGUUUUAUAUGUGCCAUCAUUAGUUAUUCAAACUGUGACAGGUUUCAAUUUGUGGGCGAGUCACACCAUAAUCCUAGUCGUUGCUCUUAGUUUUACAACAGUGGGAGGAAUGAGAGCGAUCGUUUGGUCAGAUGUUCAUCAGACCAUCAUCAUUCUACUAGGUCUCAUUGCUGCCGUUGUCAUGGGAACGAACCAGGUCGGAGGACUGGGAGAGGUGAUGCGAAUAGCACGAGAGAGCGACCGUUUCAAACUAGCGGUGGUUAGUUUUGAUCCGACUGUCCGUCAUACAGUAUGGUCAGUAGUAGUCGGCAUGACUGUCAUUGUAGUAGGUACAAUGGGAACCAAUCAAGUCAUCGUGCAGAAGUACAUAAGUCUACAAUCACAAACACAGGCAAAAAUGGCCAUCAUGUUAUCAUCACUUUUAAAGGUGGUGGUCGUGUCACUCUGUGUAUUACUAGGCCUAGUAGUCUAUGCUGCUUAUAGCCUUUGCGAUCCUUACUCUGUUGGACAGAUCUCGCAUAUUGACCAGCUGACGCCCUUCUUUGUGAUGGAUCUGUUUUCAUCUAAACCUGGACUUCCUGGUUUAUUCGUUUCAGCAAUAUUGGCUGCAUCCAUCAGCUCGCUCUCUUCAGGUCUAGCCUCUUUGUCGGCGGUAACAGGAGAAGACGUUCUUAAAGCAUUCUGGCCAAAUAUUAGUCUCAAUAAAUACAGCUGGAUUCUACGCAUUCUAACAUUGUUUUAUGGAAUUGUAUCACUUGGAUUUGCUGCACUUGCGAGUAGCUUACAUCAGAGUAUUUUACCCCUAACUAUUUCUUUGUUUGGAGUUGUAGGUGGAAUUGUAUUAGGGAUAUUCACACUAGGAGUAUUCUUUCAUCGGAGUUCGUCUCAGGGAACCAUGGUCGGAGCCGUGCUGGGCCUAAUUGUUGUCGUGUGGUUGAAGCUCGGAUACACAGUCUCAUCGUCAGGAUCGCUUGGGGAAGUCAACCACCUGCUCGUUGGCGGGUGCAAGUACAUAAAUGCAACAACUAUAGCGGACGACAUCUCGGCGACGACCGCAACCACUGUAUUGCUCACAACCGUCGCCCCGCAAAGACGGAGGUUUCUGGCAGGCUUGUAUCGUUUAUCCUACCAAUAUUAUGCACCAUUAGGACUGGUCGUCACAGUAGCCCUGGGCAUGAUUGCAAGUGCCGUUUCUGGAUUCGGAGAUCCGGCCUCUGUGGAUCCUGGUCUUAAGCUGUAUGUUGUAGACUCACUGCUGUGCUGUUUACCCGUAUGUUUGAAGGAUCUAGUACGAAGAGAUGGUCAGCAUAAGGAGUAUAAAUAUCCACACGGCAUCGAUGAAAAACCCAACGAGAACGACAAGGAGACAUCGGAUCAUGAGGCAUCCGAAUUGCAGUCAGAUAUCCGAGAAGAACCGACUGAAAAUUCACACGAGGAUUAUGAAACCACGACGUGGUUGUGACGAUCACCACAUUCUUAACGCCUGUCGUUUUGUUAAAGUGCAAGUGGUUAGGCUUACCUUUUACUUAAGUUCCGAUAAUGAAGUUCAAGUAAAGUAAAUGCAGUGAAGAAUUAUCUCGAUGAAACUUUCGAGAAUUUUUUCCUUCUUCUGAACUAGAAAAAUAAGUAGUUUUAAAAAAGGCGCUAUGCCACAGACAGUGUUAGAUGGGCUGAGUUUUGCUAUGGUGCAUUUUUAAAACAUUCCUUGAAUAAAUUCUUUCAUUCAUGAUUCGCGCAUCAGAAGUCGAUACUAAAAACAAAUGUUGACGAAUAAAAUGAUUCAACCUCACAAUAACACUUUUUCUUCAUAAAAUGCGGGGUUUGUGAAGGGGUUUUCCAGUACAUAAAUAGCACAUACUCGUGGGCAAGAAUGAAAUUAAGCUUGGAGGAAAGGCCACCCUAAUUGCGAAAUUGAGAGAUAUUAGUCCUAUAUCGGGUUUGUUUAACAAAUCAAUACUGAAUGGAUGCCACUUAAUUCUCUAUUUACCUUGGAGAAAUUUGAAGUAUUGUUAUUUUUUUAGUUAAAUGUGUAUGCUAAUUUUUACUUGUAGAUAUUUGAAUCAUUUGGCUCAUUAUAAAGACAGAGUUUAUCGUAUGCAUUUCUUCAGAAACAUAAGCAUAUAGGGAAUAAAUAAAGUUAUAAUAUAUUCAGUUCAAUUUAUUCUCAUUUUUCUUAUAUCCACAAUGUUGAUGUUGUCAUUGAAAUUGUAAUGUUAAUUUAAGAUAUUUAUUUCCAGGGACCUCGGGGAAGAACAGAUGGGCUGCAUUAUUUUUUAGCCCAUCUGAAACGAGUCAUCCCUACGAUAUGUAUAAGUUUUAUAUGUUGUAUUAUAUUCAUUACUUAUGGUAUGAUUCUGUAAUACUAAUUUGAUCUUACAAUGUAUAUUUUGUUUAUAUUUACAUAUUUGUAUCGUGAAUAAACCAAACCAAACCACAAUGGAAAUAGCA